AUGGGCAAUCCUCACGCGGUCGCGGUCCUGGACGAGCCAGUGGGGAACGUCAAAUUGUCUCGACUAGGUCCGUUGUUGGAGCGAGACGGAAGGUUCCCCGAAGGGGUGAACUUCGAGAUCGUGAAUGUUCUGUCCCGCAACCUGAUCAAGGUGCGCGUUUGGGAGCGCGGCUCGGGCCCCAGAAGAGGCGUGUGGACGGGACGUGCGCAGCGGCGGUCGUAG